AUGGUAACCUGUAAUGGAUCACCGUACAAAGAUGCCAAGAUCAAAAUCUAUGAGUUGGACACGUUUCCUUGCUCACUCUUUAAUCUCUUUGGUUUAUGGACAAUUUAUAUGGCCACUCCGAAAAGACUCAACUAUUAUGUGUACUAUUUGCUGGGCUAUCAGCUCUGUUGUAUCGUUUUCGAUUUCGGUGGAGCGAUCAUCGCGUUUCCAGUGUUUUCAUUCCCGGCCAAGUGUGCUUUCAUUAUCGGCAUGGCUUCGUGGAUUGGCGUUUCUACUGAGCUUCAGGCCACCGCCGCCGUCAUCAUCACCCUCUCAAUGCUUUCGAUUCUCGGCAUCGCCAUCUUUCAACGUCAACAAUCCAUUCUUCCAACAGAUCACAUUCUCUCAUUUUCAAUGAAACUUUCAAUUUUCGUUCAUUUCUUCAUUCUCGGCCAUCCGCUUUUCAUCACUUUCUUCGUUGUAUAUUUCUUUUUCACGACUGAUUCCGAUUUGGGAACACGGCAAGCGCUACAGAAAUAUCCAGAAUUAGAACAAUUUUUGCUGCAACCGAGCAGCAUUUGUGCGGACUCGUCUUUUGGAGAGAAUGUCGCUACUUUACCACUAAUUUAUUUAGCGGUCAUCAUUAUUGUGGGACUCUACCUCGUCGCUCCAGCCUAUUUAAGUCUUUAUGCGCAACGGAAAAUCAUGAGCGCCAAGACGUUAGCCUUGCAAAAGAAAUGGUUACGCAAUUUGAAUAUACAGGUUUUCCUCUUCUCUUUGGUGAUUAUGGUGCCGGUGUUAUGGUGGAUAGCUGUCUAUCAGCUCUCUCUGAUCAAUUUGACCGCCGAAAAAAACGGCGAUUAUCGGGAGGAGUUCAACUGUUUCCGUGAUCCAGCCACCAAGGAGAUCAGCUUCGUUUUCGAUAAAUUAAGCCAG